AUCCGCUUCCUGCUGACGGAGAAGGGACUUAAAGAUGAGUCCAUUGCCUACAUCGGCGAGAUGCUUUUUCUCUACUUAAGGGCCAUUCGUAUGCUGGGAGUGGAAGAGUGGCGCUACGCAGAGAUGGCCGCAAUAAGGCGGCAGCAGUUUCGCUUUGCAGACAUGGCAGAUGCCUACGACUUAUCUCAAGCUGCAGCAGAAGGUAAGCAGCAGGAGCAGCAGCAGCAGCAGCGAGUGCUGCAGCAGCAACUGCAGCAGCAACUGCGCGAGCAACUUGCAGCAGCAGCAAGUGUUGGCACGACGACGUUGCAGCAGCGCUGCCCCAGCGGCAGCAGCAGCAGCAGCAGCAGCAGUUUGUCCCCGUUUGCGUGCCUUCUUUCGCCAUUUGCUGCUGCUGGGUUUGCUGCUGCUGGCUUUGCUGCUGCUUCUGCUGCAGCGCUGCAGUACUACCCAGUGAAGGAAGUGCUGGCAGGACCUUCGAACUUAUAUUUGUUCAACAAAGAAUUAAUUGUGUCUUUAAUAGACCAUUAUUUGGGGCCCCACAACCUGCGGCUGUUUCUGCUGCACAAGCAGCAGGGGCGCGGGGGCCCCCUAGUUGAACCCAGGUACCAAAUCCGGUACUCCCGGGAGCCCCUGGGGGCCCCCCUGCUUGCCCGCUGGGGGGCCCUCUUCUCCCUCAGCAAGGGGCCCCUUCUUGCUGCGCUGCAGCAGCACGGCCUCUCCCUCCCGGGGCCCAACCCCUACCUUCUCCCGUUGCUGCAGCAGCAGCCCGUGGAGCAGCAGCAGCAGCAGCAGCAGAACCCACACCCCACACGCCUUCUCUUCCCACCCGGCCAUCUCUGCAACCCCUCGGGACACCUGGGGGGCCCCUCUCACCGCAGACCCUUGGGGGCCCCUCAAGAGCCCUUGGGGGCCCCUCACGGGGGGUCCCUGGGGGCCCCCCUUGAGGGGGCCCCUGGGGAGCCUUUGGGGGCCCCAGGGGAGGCAACUGCAGCAGAGGCUUCAGAGGGGCCCCUGGGGGCCCUCGGGGAAACCCUUUGGGGCCCCCGGGGAGGGGCCCCUGGGGGGUCUUCUGGGGCCCCCAGAGGAGCCGCUGGAGGCCCUCAAUGA